UGGUUGAGUCUCCUGGCAGUGGGGAGAGGCUGAGGGUUUGGGGUGGUAAGAGAUGAAUUUCAGGUCCAGUUUCAAGAAUCAUCAGCCUCCAGAACUACACACCAUGUUGGAAACGUCUUUGGAGAAGGCCCUGACCACUAUGGUCACCACUUUCCAUAAAUAUUCAGGGAGAGAGGGCAGCAAACUGACUCUGAGUAGGAAGGAGCUGAAGGAACUGAUCGAGAAAGACCUGUGUCUUGGUGAGAAGAUGAAGGAGAGCAGCAUGGAUGACCUGAUGAAGAGCUUGGACAAGAACGGCGACCAGGAGAUCGACUUCAAGGAGUACUCGGGGACUUCCCUGGUGGCGCAGUGGUUAAGAAUCCUCCUGCCAAUGCAGGGGACACGGGUUCGAACCCUGGUCCGGGAAGAUCCCACAUGCCGCGGAGCAACUAAGCCUGGGUGCCACAACUACUGAGCCUGCACUCUAGAGCCCACAAGCCACAACUACUGAGCCCGUGAGCCACAACUACUGAAGCCCGUGCACCUAGAGCCUGUGCUCCGCAACAAGAGAAGCCACUGCAAUGAGAAACCCGCGCACCGCAAUGAAGAGUAGCCCCCACUUGCCACAACUAGAGAAAGCCUGCGUGCAGCAAUGAAGACCCAUCGCAGCCAAAAAUAAAUAAAUGAAUAAAUAAAUUUAUAAAAAAACCCAACAAAAAACAACAAAAAAGGAGUACUCGGUGUUCCUGACCACGCUGUGCGUGGCCUACAACGACUUCUUCCUGGCGGACAACCAAUGACUGGGCCCUGGCUCCUGGCCCCUGCAGCUCCUCUCACAGACCCUCCGAGGCCCCUUGCCUUCCCCUCCCUCCCAGAUGGACCCUGCUUCAGCCUUCCCUUCCAGCAGAGGAAAUAAAGAUUUUCGA